CGUCAUUUGCUUCCGAGUUCAUUUGAACCGGAAAUACUUGCCUCUGCUUACGGGUUUUGUCAAUAUUUGUGGGGGUUUAGUGUUUGUAUCCUCAACACAUUUGCUAUAAACGAUAUCAAAAGUAAUUCUUUGACAUUAGCACAGCUCGCAAAUUAUUUUGACAACAUGGGAAAGUCAUUUGCAAAUUUUAUGUGUAAAAAAGAUUUUCAUCCUGCCUCGAAAUCUAACAUUAAAAAGGUAUGGAUAGCGGAACAGAAGUUGACGUUUGAUAAGAGGAAACAAGAAGAUCUGAUGCAGGCUUACCUGAAGGAACAGGAAACUUAUAACAACAGGCUGUUGAUGGGUGAUGAUCGUGUGAAAAAUGGUCUCAAUUUUAUGUAUGAGGCACCACCUGGCGCAUCAAAAGAGGAGACAAAAGAGGAAGGCGAAUCAGAAUACAAGUUUGAAUGGCAGAAAGUAGCUCCACGUGAGAAAUAUGCAAAGGAUGACAUGAACAUCAGAGAUCAACCUUUUGGAAUUCAGGUGCGUAAUGUGAGGUGCAUCAAGUGCCACAAAUGGGGCCAUGUGAACACGGACAGAGAGUGCCCGCUCUUUGGCCUGUCCGGGAUCAAUGCCAGCUCCAUGGCCUCCGAGGGUGCAGGUCCAUCGAUGCACCCCUCGGAGUUAAUGGCCGAGAUGCGAAACAGUGGGUUCGCACUGAAGCGGAGUGUGCUGGGGAGGAACGCCACAGUGUGUGAUCUCACGCAGGAAUAUGUGGUCAGUGAAGAAGAGGAAGACCCUGAAGUUGAAUUCUUGAAAUCUCUGACUAAAAAACAGAAACAGAAACUUCUCAGGAAACUAGAUCGACUGGAAAAGAAGAAGGAGAAGAAAAAGAAGCGCAAAAGCAAGCACAAGAAGAAACGGACGAAUGACUCGACAUCCAGUGACACCUCCGAUUGCAGCAGCAGCAGCGAUUCCGACACUGACUCAGAGAGUCAGUGCAAGGCCAAGAAGAGGAAGAAAGUGAAGGGGAAGAGGUCCCUCAGUGAUGGCAGCAAGAAUUCAAAAAGCCCCCUCAAGACACAGCUUUCUCCUCAGAGGGGCAGAUCAAGGAGUCGGGAUCUAGGGAAGCAAGAAUGCAAGGAGCUGGAACCCACAUCUGCGCGAGGAGGCCGGGUUACCGAUCAGGAGAGGAAUGAACACUGCAGCAGAGACAGGCAGGCCCACUGCAGUGGAAGGGACCUCAGUCCGCAGAGAAAGAGGGACAGUGAAGGACUCCAGUACGAGAGGAGAAAGAGGAGUGAAGCUGUGGGUAGAGCAUGGAGAGGAAAUGAGGACGGCAGUAGCAGGGACAGGGAAAGGGGGCAGGGCAGGGGCAGGGAAAGAAGCAGGAGUAGGGACAGGGAAAGGGGCAGGAGUAGGGACAGGGAAAGGGGCAGGAGUAGGAGCAGGGAAAGGGGCAAGAGUAGGAGCAGGGAAAGGGGCAAGAGUAGGAGCAGGGAAAGGGGCAAGAGUAGGAGCAGGGAAAGGGGCAGGAGUAGGGACAGGGAAAGGGGCAAGAGUAGGAGCAGGGAAAGGAGGCAGAGCAGGGAAAGGGGUAGGAGCAGGGAAAGGAGCAGGGACGAGGUAAGGAGCAGGCACAGGGAAAAAGAGAGGAGCAGGGAUCGGAACAGUGAAAGAUAAAGUGACAGAGGCAGGAGCAGACAUGGGGAAAGGAACAGAGAAGGAUAGAAGCAAUGAGAGAAGACUGAAAGGAAUAUAUGUGACAGGCAAGCAUCACUUUUUGCAUUUUACAGUACAGUACAGCAUGAAUCUUCCCUAAAACUACUCAUUAUAUUGGAAUUAAAAGUAUUUUGCAUAGAAUAGCUACAAAAAGGAUAUUGAUCCAUUUUUGAUUUAUGUAUUUGAUUAUAAUCAUUGGUUAACACCAGUUAAAAUUAAAAUCACACAUGGAUCACA